AUCUUAACCACACUAUAAUCUGAUAAGUAGGAUAUUGAAUUCUACCUGCUAUAAAUGACUCAUUACCUAUGCACAGAAAGACUCACAAGAUCUCAAAAGAUGGAAGUGGCUAAAGUUCUUCACAUGAAUGGAGGUAUUGGAGACACUAGCUAUGCAAACAAUUCUCUGCUUCAGCAAAAGGCUAUUCUCAUGACAAAGCCAAUAACAGAUGAAGCCAUAUCAGCAUUGUACCACAGCCUUUCCCCGAAAACUAUAUGCAUUGCGGACUUAGGUUGUUCCACUGGACCCAACACUUUAUUGGCAGUCUCCGAACUUAUCAAAACAAUUCAUGAUGAAUGCAAAAGCAAUGGCCAACAGUCACCGGAAUUUCAUGUUUUCUUGAAUGAUCUUCCCAGCAAUGAUUUCAAUACCAUUUUCCGAUCGUUGUCGGCAUUCCACGAAGAUUUGAGGAAUCAGAAUAUGGGAGGAGAUGGAUUUGGUCCUCCUAAUUGCUUUGUCGCAGGAGUUGCUGGUUCAUUCUAUACUAGACUUUUUCCUUUCAAGAGUCUGCACUUUGUCCACUCCUCUUACAGUCUCCACUGGCUUUCUCAAGUGCCUGAUGGAACAGAGAAUAACAAGGGAAAUAUUUACUUGACAAGUACAAGCCCAGCAAGUGUUCUUAAAGGGUAUUAUAAGCAAUAUGAGAGAGAUUUUGCAACAUUUUUAAAGUACCGCUCGGAGGAAUUGGUGAAAGGUGGGCGUAUGGUAUUGACCAUGUUGGGAAGAAAGAAUCAAGAUAACUAUAGCAAAGGGUGUUCCUACGAGUGGGAACUUCUUGCCACAACCCUCAAACUUCUAGUUACACAAGGAUCAAUAGAAGAAGAGAGAGUGAAUUUGUUCAAUAUUCCCUUAUACAACCCAUCUCCUACAGAAGUGAAAUAUAUAGUUGAGAAAGAGGGAUCUUUUACCAUUAAUUGCUUGGAAACUUCAGAAGUCCAAAGGAAUUCAUUUGAUGAUGAGAAGUACAAUAUGGCACGAAGCUUUAGAUCUGUGGCUGAACCUUUGCUUGUUAGCCAUUUUGGUGAUGAAUUGAAUAUGGAUCAAUUGUUCCACAAAUACAAUGAAAUUAUUGCUAACGCUUGCAUGGGUAAAGAGAAAAUUAUGUUCGUAAAUGUCAUUGUGUCCUUGACCAAAACAAACUAGCCGUGGCAUGCAAUUCAUGCCAGGAACCCUUUGCUAUUUCGCACUUUUUAAGUUACAGAUCAGUUGCCAUGUAAUAUUCUUAUACUGUAUCUUCUUAGAUACCGAUGAUAAUGUAAUAUUCUCAUUGAGGAUU